GUUGACUGUUCAUCUUUGCCGACAGAUACGACACUGGCCGCACGUUCCAGCAAGCCGAAUCCAGCGAAGCGAAGCGAGCGAGCGAGCUAUUCUGCGCACGGCGCACAGUACAAACUUCUCGAGUCCGACUCCUCCUCCUCUCUUCAACCUCGUUCCUCGCUUCUUUCUCCUGCAUCCAACACAACCACCUCCCCACCACACCAUCACCACCAUGGCGGACAUGUCGGGCAUGACCAACAUGGGCGGAGGGCACCACCACGGCGGCGGCGCGUCGGGCGGAGGCACCAUGAUCAUGUACUUUCACGGGUACAUUGGGCAGGACACGUUAUGGUUCUCGACGUGGGUGCCCAAGGGCCCCGGCGCGACCGUCGGCGUGUGUAUCGGCCUGUUCCUUCUCGCCGUGCUCGACCGGUACCUUCACGCGCUCCGCGCAGCGUGUAACGAGGCGUGGCGGCGCGGGCGGGUCGGGUGGGUGUUGCCCGUUUCGAGGGGCGAGAUGGGCCCCGCGCCGCGGUACGAGGAGCACGAGCACGCGGAUGCCCACUUGGAGGAGAAGGGCAAGGCUGCGCAUCAUGGUGAGAGCACGGCCGUCGACGAGAAGGGCGGCAGCGCGGCCAACCGGCGCCGCGAGGGCACGCCGGAUAUCGAGGCGCAGCGCGACCGCACCCCCACACCGCUGGCCACCACGAGCCACGCGCACCCGCACGCGCACGCCGCCGCCGAGGCCAUCGCACACCUGCCUGCGACGGUACGCCGCACGCUCGACCCCGGACGCGUUGGCCGCUGGUCCCGCCCGUUCAGGUGGGGCGUGGACGGCCCCCGCGGCCUCCUGCACGCGCUCCAGCAGGCGCUGCACUGGCUCUUGAUGCUCGUCGUCAUGACGUUCCAGAUUUAUUGGAUCAUCGCCAUCGUGGUUGGUGCCGGCGUCGGCGAGGCCAUGUUCGGACGCUUCGGCGCGCACAGGUAGCUGCUCGAACUCGGAGCACUCGGAGCACACGCAGCUCGCCGACUCAUUGUACACCACACAUUCCAUAGAUUUUUGAUUCAUGCAUAGGUACAACAGGAUA